AUGGGUGGCUGCUUGAGCGUACCUCAACCAAAGCCGAAGCAUAAGCAUCGGCAUCGUACUGAGAACUCUGAUGGCCACCAUCGACGGGCUCGUGAAUCUCAAAAUGUUGUUCUGUUGACGCCCAACGGCUGGGAGAGAAAGAAGAGGCAUAAGAAGAGGCGCCGUGAAGAAUGA